AUGAUACGUCUUUCCAGGGAGACUUACUCAGCGGAUACAAUCGACGCGAUGAGUUUCCUACAGGAUUCUAAGCCCAAGGAAAUGAACAUUCCGUGUUACAUGGUACCAUAUGGCCUCAACAACAUGUUUUUUGGAAGACCACUCGAGAAUGACAUGCUGAAGAAUGUGCUGGAUCCAGAUGAAAGUGCUAAGAGCAUGAAAGUCGUUUCAAUCUACGGAACAGGGGAGUUGGGAAAACGCAACUUGCCCUGCACUACGCCAACACUUCAGCAGAUCUAUUUGAUGUGA